GCUUUAGUUCUUCUACAUAGUAGAGUACAUUCAGAGCUUGCAACAGUAGCACGACAACAAGCACCCCAGACAAACACUAAUUCACAAUGGCCUCAAUUCUCUGCUCAGCUUAGGUGUGUAUAAAUUGCGCACUAGAACUCUUUUUUAAAUUUCUCUCUACCUCCCAUCCACCUCCCUUCUACUUCCACCCCAAGCAACUCUCCUCCGGCAACCCUGAACUUUCCCACGGCUAGCGAACUAGCCAAAGCUUCACCAGAAAAGAAAGAAGCCAUGUUCGACAACGUGUGCAGCCUCCCUCUCUCCAGCGACCUGUUUGCGCAGGCAAUACAUCCCACCGAGCCUCUUUUUGCAGUUGGUCUUUCAUCGGGUCAUGUUCAAACAUUUCGCAUUCCUCCAACAAAUGACGGCUCGACUGGGUUGAAAAAUGGCUUUGGACACAUCGACACAGCUUGGAGAACAAGACGACAUAAAGCCAGUUGUCGGUGCUUAGGGUUUGGGAUUGAUGGCGAGACACUUUAUUCAGCGGGCGCAGAUGGUUGGGUUAAAGCUGCAAAAGCAGAGACUGGCGUAGUAAAUUUGAAGAUUGCGGUUCCACGACUGGGGGAAGGGACCCAAUCCCGCAUUGACCCUCCCACUGUGAUUCAUGCACUUUCCCCAGAGACACUUAUUCUUUCAACAGACUCUGGUGCGCUCCAUCUUUUCGACCUUCGUGUACCUCCCUCUUCGAUUUCUCAAAAAGCGCAGCAAACUCACCACCCACACGACGAUUAUGUCUCUUCGCUUACACCACUUCCCCCAUCUGAGGCAAGCACUUCGGGGUUUAGCAAACAAUGGGUCACGACUGGUGGCACGACCAUAGCGGUGACGGACUUGCGCAGAGGAGUUUUGGUUCGCAGUGAGGAUCAAGAAGAGGAACUAAUCAGCUCGGUCUACGUUUCUGGGUUGAAAGCGGGUGGCUCGAGUAAAGGAGAAAAACUUGUUGUUGGGGGAGCAAGUGGGGUAUUGACUUUGUGGGAGAAGGGGGCUUGGGAUGACCAGGAUGAGAGAAUUGUUGUGGAUCGGCAACCUGAUGGAGGCGAAUCUCUCGAGGUAUUAUCAUUACUUCCCGAUAGUCUUGGAGCAGGCAAAGUCGUUGCUGUUGGCCAAUCAGAUGGGGCUGUCCAAUUUGUUCAGUUUGGAAUCAAUAAGGUCAUCUCGAAGGUUGUACACGAUGAGUUGGAGGGAGUUGCAGGCUUGGGAUUCGAUGUCGGAGGACGAAUGAUUAGUGGUGGUGGAUCGAUUGUUAAGGUCUGGCAUGAGGCCGUAGAAGGUGAAGGGGACGACGAAAGUGAGGGAGAGGAACAAGAGGAUCAACAUCGAUCUGGGAAACGGUUCAUAGUGGGUAGUGAUGAUAAUAGCGAUGACGACAGUGACAAUGGGCACAAGCAGGGGCAGAAAAAGCGCAAGAAGAGAAAGAAGGGCAAAGGCAAAGAAAAAAUAUGUGGACCACAUGUCAUUGCAUUUAAAGGACUUGAUUGAGCUUGUCGAAUUUUUCCACGACCGUGUUUGAUACCCAGGCUUUCCCAGUUGUUGUUUCCCAACAACUUAAAACCAGCGGACGAAUUUGUGGUAAUACAUGGACGAAAUAAGUGGCGGGAUGCUUUUUUUGAAUUUUUUGGACAUUUUUAUGCUCUUGUUACUAGUGAGCGCUCUAGAGUUUCUUUUUGCUAUUAUUACAUAGAUUUCCGGUUCCAUUCAGAACAGACACUUGAAUAACUGGAGCAGGGUGAUUUUUUGCCCGCUGUUGUCUAACUGUCGUAUACCUGGCAAACCUUGCUUCCAGUAAACGCGCCUGUGAUUUAAAACCAACUUACUAAUAAUAAAUACGCUGGUUCACGGCGGGAGAUUUAUUUUUCAUCGGA